AUGCCCCCUUUAAAAGGUAGCCUGUCUCCCCGCGUCCUCCACAUUCGUCGAUCGGACGAAGCCGAUUCUCAUAUUCUUCUUUACGUUUCAUGCUCCGACUCAACCGGGGAGUUGACUAUAAUAGCGACGGAGGGAGAAUUUCCUUACACCGCAACUUGGAGCGAUGAUGAGUGGCAGUAUACUGUCUUUUAUGUCCUCGGCCUGCAGGGCGAGACGACACAAACAACAGAGCUUAUCGCGGGCAUCGAAGCAUCAGCCACCAUAAUUGACUCUGGGGACGGCAAUAAGGGGCUAGUGAUCUCCGUGAGGAAGAGAAUACAGACUAUCACACAAAAAUUAGGAUCCUUAAGCCUCCAACAGAACGACGAACAGGGUAUCGAGCUAUUUGAAUGGUCAAACCUUGCCAUUACCAGGGCGGAUAUCUUCGAGCAGCGCUUCAAUUUAUUGCUCGAUCGCUUCCGUGCGGCCGAGGAUACAAUAGCUUUGUUGAACAAGCAGUUGGAGGAGUUCAUCAGCUUAAAAACAGAACAUGACCAACAACUUAUAUCUGAUUUUGCGCAGUUGUUGAAUGAAAAGAAAUUGAAGAUCCGCAAUCAGCAACGCCUACUUGCGUCCGCCCAAGUUGACACCCAGAAAAUAUCUACAAUGCAGACGGCUCUUGCAACAGGCGAUCCGAGGCCAAGGGUGAAGGGACGGAGACCAAAACGUCCCGCAGGAACGACACAAGAUGAACCUGACGGUGAUGGUGGAUUUGGGAAAAUGGAAACCGAUAAACCGAAACAACAACUCGACAAUGUUGUGGACGAGGAAACGGACGAAGGAACAUCGACCCCCCAGCCACUUGAAGAUGAUGAUAAUGCAAUAUCGGAUGAUGAGAAGAUCGUCUCGAGUGCUAGAGGACCACAGCAAAGAAAUCGAAGAAUUCAUGGGCUUCAUGAACAGGUUGUAGCGAAAUCACCACCGCCAAGGAGAGAGCUGCCCUUUUCAAGAAGGACAGAAAAACAGCCGACCCUCACACGACCCUCUCCGGUGCGACAAAGUCCGGAUGAAACAGGAGGGACGACAGAUGAUGAUGAACUAUAA